AUGGCUCGAUCGCAGCUUCGCCGAGGCGUGGCAAGUGCGCUGGCGGCGGCCAUAGCCGCGAAGCUGGCCGCGAGGCGGCGCUUGUCGUGUGACUCGUUGGACUCUGAUGGCCUGGGCGCAUUGAGCCCCACGCUGCGAGAGCACACCAUCGACACAGAGGCGGGGCCCCCUCUGACGGUGAAGCUCUGGGAGAGCGCGCUGCCCUUUGCCGGCGGCCCGGGCCUCCGCUCGUGGCCGUCGGCCAGGCAUCUUCUGACCUACCUGAGGGACCUCGAGCCAAAGGAGCCGAGGUUCCGGCGGAAGGUGCUGGAGCUGGGCUGCGGCUGUGGGCUCUUGGCCUUCGCCCUCGGGCUGCUGGGGGCAGAGGUCACAGCCACGGACCAGAGCGAGGAGGCGCUGACCUUGUGCGCGAAGAGCGCCACCGAGAGGCGGGCGCGGGGCCUCCGCCUCGCCUUCCGCCGCUUGGACUGGACGGACAGCAAGGCGUGCCGGGAGCUUCUGAAGGAGCUGCGUGUGGUGGCGCCGCGGGUGGCGGAGGUGGCGGAGCUGCGGGAGGCGCGGCGCGCGCUGCGGCAGGACCUGGGCGGGGUGGGGGCGCUGAAGCGGGAGCUGGCGAACGCGGGGUUCCUGGAGCCCACAGGCAUGCUCUCUACCGGAGACAAGCCCUUCAACGUCUUUGCCCGCGCAGGGAAGGGGCUGCUGAAGCAGCCCAACAUGGAGAGGGAGCAGCAGGCUCUGGGCGAAUAUCAGCAGAAGUUCGUGAUCUGCCGCAACCGCCCGGAGAACGACCUGCACUGGGAUUCCACGGACCCCUACUGGGUGAGCAAGGCCUCCAUGUCGCGGCGGCAUCGCUUCCUCACCACCAAGGACUUGCAUUGGCAGUGGUUCAAUGCCCUGGUCUUCGGCAUGGCCUGCGAGCUAGGGGAAGGCAGCAGCCUUGCGGAAGCCAUCAGAGAGGUGGAGGACAUGAAGGCGGCGGCCUUGAGCUACGCCAAGAGCAGCCCCGGCUGGUCGGAGCAGGUGGGGCUCUUUGUGAACAUCUUUGGGCACAACAAUGUGAACUCGCUCUUCGUGCACAUCAUCGACAUGGAGGAGCUAGGGCCAAGCUUCGAGGCCCAGGGCUACAAGAACUGCCCGCUGGACGCGGUGCUCAAGGUCUUGAAGGAGGAGGUGGAAGAGCACUUCCAGCCGCAGUUGUUGCAGGUGCUGGACACUGCAGCAUUUGAGAGGCACUCCGCCGCAGAUAUGGCAGUGUUCGAGUUGACGGCAUAG